UAGCAGCGACUUUGGUAACCAUCCUCUGUCUCAUCUGAUGGGUUAUGUCUUUGGUAUGCAUGAUAGAGAGAAUGUUGGGGUCUUUUGCUAUGCUUUAAGUGCAAAUGAUGGAUCUGAAUGGAGGUUGCGUAUCCAAUCAGAAGUGGAGCAUUUUAUAGAUGUCUCAUCCAUGUCAUCUGAUAUGAUUGCCAGGAUGAUUAACGAGGAUAAAAUACAGAUCCUUGUCAAUCUUAAUGGUUAUACUAAGGGGGCAAGAAAUGAAAUAUUUUCCAUGCAGUCGGCCCCUAUACAGAUUUCUUACAUGGGAUUUCCUGGAACUACAGGUGCGAACUAUAUACAUUACCUGGUUACUGAUGAGGUUGGAGAGUUUGUAACCCCUAACCUUUAUUGAAUUUUAUUUUGUUUCCUAUUUGAUGUCUAACUUCGACAUUCCCAAUUACAGUUUGUGUCACCUUCUCAAUUCAAUCAUAUUUAUUCAAAAAAGAUUGUCCAUCUUCCUCAUUGUUACUUUGUAA